AUGGAAAUGCUGUGCAGCCUCUGCGGCUGUUUCACGGCUUUCGAAAGACUUUGUGCAGGUCUCAUAUCCAAGCCUCUUCGACGCCAAAAGGACGAGAAUCAGGCUGAUGACUCCUGGAUGAUUCCUCCAUCUCCGACAGCAGACUCAUUGCCCGAGGACUGGGACGUUGCGUCCUACUACCCGUCAGAAUCUUGGUUGCAAGAAUGGCUCGCUAAUGAAAAGACGUGGCAUCAGCAGCUUGGGCCAGAUGCUCAAGAGGAUGUCCUUGGAGGGGACGCAGAAGGCUCAACUUCCACUCCAGACACUUUGGAGGGAGAUCUGGAAAGCGAGUCCUCUGAGGGGGACGUUAGCUGGCACGACGAGCAAAUGUUACGAGACAAGGUACAGCAGCAGCGUGUCGAGCUGACAAGGUCGCGCAGAGCACAUCCACCUCACGUGCAGGAGCUCUUGCAGCGCGCAAGGGCCUUCCUGCAGGACCCCAAAGACCCAGAGGAGCCGAAAGAAGUGCCGAAGGCUUGUGGAAGAGCACAUCCACCUCACGUGCAGGAGCUCUUGCAGCGCGCAAAGGCCUUCCUGCAGGAAACCGCAGAGGAGCCGAAGGAAGUGCCGAAGGAGCUGCUAACGCACUUCGCCAAGCUUGGACUGGAUCCGAACGCCAUUGCGUGCACCCCUGACGCUGUCAGGAAGCGCUACCGAUGGCUGGCAGUGCAGUGCCACCCGGACAAGCAUCAUGACGGCAAGGAGGCUGCCACUAAAGAGUUUCAGGAGCUCGUUGCGGCGUACGAGGCUGUCGCGAAGCACUUGGCUUGCCGGCGCUCGUAA